UCGGCAGCUCCAUUUUCCAGCUGGUGAAAAACUUUCGUGGUUUCACCUUCAGUCGCUAACGGUCAGUUUUGGCCUUUUCCAUUUCUCUUUGGGGCUGAAAAGAAACGUUUUUCAAGAUGGGAGGCGGCGAUCUGAACUUGAAAAAGAGCUGGCACCCCCAGACUAUGAAAAACAUUGAGCGUGUCUGGAAAGCUGAGCAGAAACAUGAGGCUGAACGUAAAAAGAUCGAGGAGCUCCAGAAGCAGCUGAAGGAGGAACGAGCCCGAGAAGAAAUGACAAAAUAUGCAGAGGAAACCGGCGUUUUAAAAAAAAAAGAUGAUCGGUUGGACUGGAUGUACCAGGGCCCUGCCGGUCAGGUGUCCAGGGAUGAGUACCUGCUUGGGCGCCCCAUUGACAAGCAGAUCACUGACCAGUAUGAGGAGCCAGAGAGCGGUCCCUCAGCUGAGACAGGCCUCCUGCCUGGGUCCAUAUUUAACCCCGCCACCCCUGCCUCCAGCUUGGAUUUGGCUGCCAAGAUCAGGGAAGACCCCCUGUUUGAAAUCAGGAAACGUGAGGAAGCAAAGAAGAGAGAAGUCCUGACUAAUCCAGUAAAGAUGAAGAAAAUUAAAGAAAUGCUUCGCCAAAACCUUGACAAGAAAGAAAAGAAAAAGAAGAGGAAGAAGGAGAAGAAGGAGAAGAAAGGAGACAAAGACAGAAGGAAGGAAAAGAAGCAUAAGAGGAGGAGUUCAAGUUCGAGCUCAGAGGAAGACGAUGAGAAGAAACACAGGUCACACCCACGAGACAACUCCUCAGACACCAAAUCUCAUUCUCAUCAUCAUCAUCCAGGCUAUGGUCUACAGCUCCCAACAGGCAGACAUCAACAGACCUCGACCUCCUCCGGUCACUCAGGGCGGCGUGAGAGGAGCCGAUCCCGAUCACCUCACAGGAAUUACAAGGACAGCCGCUCCUACACUUCAUCCUCUUCACAUCGGAGUGAAAAGAAGCAGGAACCCAGAGCUCCCAGCCCACAGAAGGAUCGCUACCAGAGACAGAGGAACCACGUGUCCAAGAAGCUCUCUGCAGAGGAGAUGGAGCGAAAGAGGCGUGAGAUGAUGGACCAAGCCAAGCAGAGGGAGGAGGACAGGGAGAAUAAUGUGAAGCGCUAUAAGAGGCAGGACGAGCAGGAGAAGCAGAGGGAACAAAACGCCAAGCAUGACCGCCAUGCUGGCUUCAUCCACAACAUGAAGCUGGAGAGUGCUGCGAGCUCCUCCUUAGAGGAUAGAGUGAAGAGAAAUAUCCACUCCAUUCAGAGGACGCCAGCCUCCCUGGAAAACUUCAUGAAACGAUAAAGACAAAAAUUCACAUUACAGUCAAUGAACUGACUAAAAAGACUGCCACACACCAUUUUAUAGGUUUUUGUUUUUUUUUUAAGUGGACUGGGGCAGGUGAGCUGCGAGCCUGUCAGGAAUUCAAACACAGGCUUUUAAUUUGAAAAGCAGAUGUCACAGUAUUCAUAUGUACAGUACAAAAGGCCUGUUGUUGCUUCAUGUGUUUUAGCUACUUUCUUCAAAUCAUAUAACUGUUUAUAAGGUUAAUGUAAGUUUGUGCAAUUUACUGUUUUUGUUUUUACAUAUUGAUAGGACCUCUUAUCUCAAAUACUUUUGUAAUAUUCAUUUGGUACUGUGAGCAACAAAUGGUAUAAAAACUACAUUUCUGGA